AAAAUGGCCAAGUGUAUGUGCAGAAGAAGCCCACCAUGUACCCACCCUGGAACAGCACUUUUGAUGCCCACAUCAACAACGGCAGGGUCAUGCACAUUGUUGUCAAGGACAAAAGUGCUGAAAUGGUUUCAGAGACCACGGUGGAACUCAAGGUGCUGGCGGAGAGGUGCAAAAAGAGCAAUGGGAAGACAGAGAUGUGGCUAGAACUGAAACCUCAAGGGCGAAUGCUGAUGAAUGCAAGAUAUUUCCUCGAAAUAAGUGAUGCAAAGGACCUGGCUGACUGUGAGACUGAAGCCUUCUCCUUGCACCAGCGCAGGGGAGCCAUCAAACAGGCCAAAAUCCAUAAUGUCAAGUGUCAUGAAUUCACAGCCACCUUCUUUCCACAACCCACCUUCUGUUCUGUCUGUCACGAGUUUGUUUGGGGACUGAAUAAACAAGGCUAUCAAUGUAGACAAUGUAAUGCUGCCAUUCAUAAGAAGUGCAUUGAUAAAGUAAUAGCCAAAUGUACAGGAUCAGCAGUCAAUAGCAGAGAAACAAUGUUCCAUAAAGAGCGAAUGCCUCAUCGCUUCAAAGUCUACAACUACAAGAGCCCAACGUUCUGUGAGCACUGUGGCACGCUCCUCUGGGGCCUUGCACGGCAAGGACUGAAGUGUGAUGCAUGUGGCAUGAACGUCCAUCACAAGUGCCAGACAAAAGUGGCAAACCUUUGUGGAGUAAACCAGAAACUAAUGGCUGAAGCUCUAGCAAUGAUAGGGAGCACCCAGCAGGCUCGCUGUCAGCGUGACACUGAACAGAUCUCCAGGGAUGGACCUCUUGAAAUUGGCUUCCCAGUUCCUGUGAAGGAUGUAACACCGCUUCAGGCAUUGCCAGCAUCUACUACAGGAAAAAAAGAGCCACAAGGCGUCUCCUGGGAAUCUCCAGUGGAGGGCACAAUGAAAGGGGAGUCUCUGAUAGAGUCAGACUCAGGAGAACAGCCCCAGGAGCAGCAAGAGCACCAAGUGCAGCUAAAACUAACCAUUGAGGAUUUUGUCCUGCACAAGAUGCUGGGAAAGGGCAGCUUUGGCAAGGUGUUCCUCGCUGAGCUGAAGAGCACAGACCAGUAUUUUGCUGUGAAAGCCCUGAAGAAGGAUGUGGUGCUGAUGGAUGAUGACGUUGAAUGUACGAUGGUGGAGAAGAGAGUCCUCUCCUUAGCUUGGGAGCACCCAUUCCUGACUCAUGUCUUCUGUACGUUCCAGACCAAGGAAAACCUCUUUUUCGUCAUGGAAUACCUCAAUGGAGGAGACCUCAUGUUCCAUAUCCAGAGUUGUCAUAAGUUCGACCUUCCCAGAGCAACGUUUUAUGCUGCUGAAAUCAUAUGUGGACUCCAGUUCCUCCAUUCCAAAGGCAUAAUAUACAGAGACUUGAAGCUAGACAAUGUCCUCUUGGACAACGAGGGGCACAUCAAAAUCGCUGACUUUGGGAUGUGCAAGGAGAACAUGUUUGGAGAUGCAAAGACAAGCACUUUCUGUGGGACUCCUGACUAUAUCGCUCCUGAGAUACUGCUGGGGCAGAAGUACAACACCUCCGUUGACUGGUGGUCCUUUGGUGUCCUCCUGUAUGAAAUGCUUAUUGGCCAAUCUCCUUUCCAUGGCCAAGAUGAAGAGGAGCUUUUCCAGUCUAUCCGCAUGGAUAACCCAUUCUACCCUCGCUGGCUUGACAAGGAUGCAAAGGACAUUUUGCUGAAGCUUUUUGUGAGAGAACCUGAGAGGAGGCUGGGAGCAAGAGGGAACAUCCGCCAGCAUGCCUUCUUCCAGGAGAUAAACUGGGAAGCUUUAGAAGAAAGAAGGAUGGAGCCUCCUUUCAAACCGAGAGUGAAAUCUCCAAGUGACUGCAGCAACUUCGACAAGGAGUUUCUAAAUGAAAAACCAAGACUGUCCUGUGCCGACAGAGCACUGAUCAACAGCAUGGACCAAAAUAUGUUCAGCAACUUUUCUUUUGUGAACCCAAAAAUGGAGAAAAUAUUGUGCUGAGAUCUGCCUUACAUUAAAGAGAAAGGAUUCUCUUUAAUGGUAAACACUUUGUCACAUGAAGACUCUGCAUUGUGGUUUUUAUCACGAACCUUGCAGAAAAAAGCACCUCAGAGAAAGUUUAUACCAUGCCUGGAGGCUUCCAGCUUAUUCCAGUCUGUAGCAGAUGCCAGCCACUCUUCA